AUGACCAAGAGAACAAAGGACAGUACACCUGGAGCACGCGAGAGCAUUAGGAAAGGGACAGGUGCUCGCCAAAGCGCGAGAAACCGCCGGUUCACGUUGCUAAAGGUGCCCAUUCGAAAGGACGGCGGCCUUUGGCAGCUGGCUACGGCGAAGAGCGCGGACGCUGCGGCGAACUUUUGGGAGUUCUUGUUCCGUUUCCUGCCAGUUGUAGGUCGCAGAGGGCACACGAAAACGACUGGAAAAUCUACUGAGGAGGAGCUUAGAGAGUACCUGACCUUGUUUGCGCGCGGCUCUGGCUCCGCAGAGGAUAUCGCGCUGCGCAAACGCCGCUAUAAAGAGUUAAGCAACGGCAUGUACGAUAUUGCAACAGACUUUUACGAGUGGGGUUGGGGUCCAAGCUUCCACUUUGCAGUCUACGGGCCAGAUGAGACGUUUCGGGAAGCCACGCGCCGAUACGAGUACACGAUUGCUCUACGGCUCAAGCUGGACCCUGGGGCUGCGGUGAUUGACCUUGGCUGUGGAGUCGGAGGCCCGCUUCGGAAUAUUGCUCGCUUCGCACGCUGCCAGAUUGUCGGCGUGAAUAUCUGUGACUACCAGAUUCUUCGUGGCCUUCGGUAUAUCGAGGACGAUGGUCUCAUGGAUCAGUGCACGAUAAUCAAAGCCGACUUUAAUAACCUUCCCUUUGAAGAAAAUUCAAAAGACGGUGCGUAUCAGAUCGAAGCCACCUGUCACAGUCCCGACAAGCUGAAAACCUACGGUGAAGUCUUCCGGGUCCUGAAGCCAGGCGCUCGUUUUGUCGGUUACGAAUGGGCGCUUACGGAUCGCUUCGAUGCCGCUGCUUCGGAACACCAGCGGCUCAAGUUUGGUAUCGAGAUCGGGAACGGCAUUCCGGAUUUGAUGAAAACAGAAGAAAUCGUCAACGCUAUGCGACAAGUUGGGUUUCAAAUCGAGGACGCCUACGAUGCCACGACGCUCAGCAUCAAGCCCUGGUACACGCCACUGAGUGGUGAAAACGCUUUCCAUUGGAGCGGCUUUCGCCACACGCGUUUGGGGCACUAUAUGACGCACGCGCUGGUCUCCGCACUGGAGACGGUGCGCAUCGCGCCUAGAGGCAGCGCGAAAAUGAGUCGAACGCUCAUGGAUGGAGCUAGAGACCUUAUCGCGGCCGGAAAGCUGGGAAUUUUUACACCCUCGUUUUUUAUUGUCGCCCGGAAACCGCUAGACAAGCAGGCAAACGCGCAGGCCUAG